AUGACUAUUCACAAACAUUGGGGAAACUCACAAAGGGAAAGUCUUAAGUCUAGCCAAAUUAUUCAUACAAAUAAGAAACCAUUCGAAUGUACAGAAUGUGAGAAAAGCUUCACAUGUAAUUUGCAUCUCCUUGAACACCACACAGUUGUGAAACCUCACACAUGUACAGAAUGUGGGAGAUGUUUCACAUCUAAAGGAAGCCUUAAGUGUCACAAAAAGACCCACACAGGGGAGAAACCUUUCACAUGUACAGAGUGUGGAAAAUGUUUUACACAAAAGAGUCAUCUGAAAACUCAUGAAAGAAUUCACACAGGAGAAAAGCCUUUUAAAUGUACAGAGUGUGGGAAAAGUUUUACACAAAAGAGUAAACUGAAAACUCAUGAAAUGAGUCACACAGGAGAAAAGCCUUUCACAUGUACAGAGUGUGGGAAAAGUUUUACACAAAAGAGUAAACUGAAAACUCAUGAAAUGAGUCACACAGGAGAAAAGCCUUUCACAUGUACAGAGUGUGGGAAAAGUUUUAAAUUAAAGAGUCAUCUGAAUAUUCACGAAAGGAGUCACACAGGAGAAAAGCUGUUCACAUGUACAAAGUGUGGGAAAAGUUUUACACUAAAGAGUAAUCUGAAAACUCAUGAAAGGAUUCACACAGGAGAAAAGCCUUUCACAUGUACAGAGUGCGGAAAAUGUUUUAAAGAAAAAAGUAGUCUGAAAUAUCAUACAUGGAGUCACAUAGGAGAAAAGCCUUUCACAUGUACAGAGUGUGGAAAAUGUUUUACACAAAAGAGUGAUCUGAAAACCCAUGAAAGGUUUCACACAGGAGAAAAACCUUUCACAUGUGCAGAGUGUGGAAAAUGUUUUACACAAAAGAGUGAUCUGAAAACCCAUGAAAGGUUUCACACAGAAGAAAAGCCUUUCACAUGUACAGAGUGUGGGAAAAGUUUUACAGUAAAGUGUCAUCUGAAAACUCAUGAAAGGAAUCACACAGGAGAAAAGCCUUUCACAUGUACAGAGUGUGGGAAAAGUUUUACAUACAUUAGUGAGAUGAAAACUCAUGAAAGGAUUCACACAGGAGAAAAGCCUUUCACAUGUACAGAGUGUGGAAAAAGUUUUACACAAAUAAAUAAUCUGAAAACUCAUGAAAGGAUUCACACAGGAGAAAAGCCUUUCACAUGUACAGAGUGUGGAAAAUGUUUUACACAAAAGAGUGAUCUGAAAACCCAUGAAAGGAUUCACACAGGAGAAAAGCCUUUCACAUGUACAGAGUGUGGAAAAUGUUUUACAAUAAAGAGUAGUCUGAAAACUCAUGAAAGGAUUCACACAGGAGAAAAGCCUUUCACAUGUACAGAGUGCGGAAAAUGUUUUAAAGAAAAAAGUAGUCUGAAACAUCAUACAUGGAGUCACAUAGGAGAAAAGCCUUUCACAUGUACAGAGUGUGGAAAAUGUUUUACACAAAAGAGUGAUCUGAAAACCCAUGAAAGGUUUCACACAGGAGAAAAGCCUUUCACAUGUACAGAGUGUGGGAAAAGUUUUACAGUAAAGUGUCAUCUGAAAACUCAUGAAAGGAAUCACACAGGAGAAAAGCCUUUCACAUGUACAGAGUGUGGGAAAAGUUUUACAUACAUUAGUGAGAUGAAAACUCAUGAAAGGAUUCACACAGGAGAAAAGCCUUUCACAUGUACAGAGUGUGGAAAAAGUUUUACACAAAUAAAUAAUCUGAAAACUCAUGAAAGGGUUCACACAGGAGAAAAGCCUUUCACAUGUACAGAGUGUGGGAAAAGUUUUACAUUAAAGAGUCAUCUGAAUAUUCAUGAAAGGAGUCACACAGCAGAAAAGCUGUUCACAUGUACAAAGUGUGGGAAAAGUUUUACACUAAAGAGUAAUCUGAAAACUCAUGAAAGGAUUCACACAGGAGAAAAGCCUUUCACAUGUACAGAGUGUGAAAAAUGUUUUACACAUAAGAGUAAUCUGAAAAGUCAUGAAAGGAUUCAUAAGAGAAGAAACCUUUCACAUGUUUAGAAAGUGGGAAAAAGUUUUUUAUUGAAAUCAGGUAUCACAAAACACCAAAUAUUUACACACAAACUUUAUUUACACAGUGUACAAACCUUUUUACAAUUAUCCUAAAUAGAAGCAAAGGAAAAUACACUAAGCGCCUACUCAAUAAUGACCUCUAGCUCUGAUAGUUGACACCUAGUUGUCAAUGGUA